UCCCCAGAACCACAUUCUCUGUAAUCUCCUUUUCUUUCAUCUGACAAAAGGAAAACAGAGGCGGCAGAGCCGCAGAUCUGAGAGGAUAAACUGAGCAUGGAGGUCAGGUACAACCAAGAAACAGAAGCGAUGGUGCUGAAGAACGGACUAAAGGAGGGGAAGGACGGCAAAGACUCGCAGGGCAGCCUGUCGAAAAGCUUCCUUAAGGAGCAGCAGGACUCCUUUUCCUCUUCUGGGACAAUCGAGACCUGCGAGAAGAACAGGGGGAGCGCGGGGGACCCAGACUACUGCCGGAGAAUCCUCGUCCGAGAUGCUAAAGGUUCUAUCCGGGAGAUCAUUUUGCCGAAGGGUUUGGAUUUGGACCGACCCAAGCGAACCCGCACGUCCUUCACCGCAGAGCAGCUCUACCGUUUAGAGAUGGAGUUUCAGAGGUGCCAGUAUGUGGUCGGACGGGAGCGGACAGAACUGGCCCGGCAGCUCAAUCUGUCUGAAACUCAGGUUAAAGUCUGGUUUCAAAACCGCCGUACCAAGCAGAAGAAGGACCAAGGGAAGGACUCCGAGUUGCGUUCAGUGGUUUCGGAAACAGCGGCGACCUGUAGCGUCCUCAGACUUCUGGAGCAGGGGCGGCUGCUGACUCCUCCGGGCCUGCCAGGCCUCCUGCCGCACUGCGGCGGGGGCACUCUGGGCACUGCCCUGCGCCCCCCUUCGAUGGCCAUGUCCAACAAUGGCAGCGUUAGCAGCAGCAGCGGAGGCAGCGGCAGCACGGCUGGCGGCAGCCCUCCACUCCCCGCAGUCACGAGCUCAGGGACAGUGGCGGGCCUGCAGAGCUCACCAGCUGCUCACAGCCUUUUCAGCUUCCCCAUGCCGUCCAUACUCAGCGGCGUGGCCACCCGUAUUUCAUCCAACCCUCUCUCCAUGGCUGGCUCGCUGGCCGGCAACCUGCAGGAACUUUCUGCCCGUUACCUGAGCUCGUCUGCCUUUGAGCCUUACUCACGGACCAAUGGCAAAGAAUCCAUGGACAAGAAAGUUUUGGAAUGA